AUGUCUAAAAGUGAAAGAAGAAUCUACAAGAGCAUGGCACCUGAAAUUUCUGAAGAUAUUGGCUGUCCUGCAGCUUAUAUGAGAGAGAAUGUUUGUGUUUUAUUAAUCAGCCAGUCAUCUUUUAUUCUGGUGUGGCUGAAAAUGUAUAUUCCAGACAUGAAUAGGCCUGGGAAGGUAGAAUGGAGAGUGGAGAAGGGCCUGAGGCCUCCCAGGGAGCUGGUCGGGGAGACCAGAAGGCUGCAAAGCUGGCCAACGUUUGCCAGGUGGCUGCGAAGAGUCAGCUUCAGUCCCUACAAGCCAUCCAUCCAGGCAGCUCCUGAACCAGAUCCAGGCAACUGGGCCAAGUCCCCAAGGCUGUCUCUGGGACCAGAAGGUAUAACCAAAGGGAAGCUUAAAUUCCAGGGCAUAAAAGGAAAGUUCAGUGUACCUAAGAAGGUGUUGAAAAUGACUUUUUUGUCAAUAUCUGAAGGACACUGA